CAACAUGGCGGCGCCAGGUGCUGCGGCAGCAGAGCCCGGACGGUGCGGAGAGGGGCCGGGGUGGCCCCGGGCUCCGGCCCCUGAGGCGGAGCGCCCUGCCCCCCGGGAGCUCGUGCGGCCGUCGGUGACGGAGCUGUCCCGGGCCGUGCGGACCAACAUUCUCUGCACGGUGCCCGGCUGCGGCAAGGUCCUGCCCAACAGCCCGGCCCUGAGCAUGCACCUGAGCAAGGCCCACCGGGUCCAGGAUGGAAAAAUAAAUGCAUCAAUAAGGAAGGGUUUGAAAACUACACAGAAAUUCUACUGCUGUCCUAUUGAAGGCUGCCCUAGAGGACCAAACAGACCAUUUUCCCAAUUUUCACUUGUAAAACAGCACUUUAUGAAAAUGCAUGCUGAAAAGAAGCACAAAUGUGAUAAAUGUAGCAACUCAUAUGGCACGGAAUGGGACUUGAAACGACAUAUAGAAGACUGUGGCAAGACUUUCCAAUGUACUUGUGGGUGCCCUUAUGCCAGCAGAACAGCAUUACUGUCUCAUGUUUACAGAACUGGCCAUGAGAUCCCUGCAGAGCACAGGGAUCCACCUAGUAAGAAAAGGAAAAUGUGCAGUGAGGUUUCCAAUCAGCACUUGGCAGAGAAAACGAGUGAAGCAUUCAUCAGUGCACGCACCAGUAGUACUUGCACUCAGGAAUUGGAAUCAUCUGAGAUGAAACUAAUGGCCUCCUUUGAAGGCUCCUGCAGUUCUAAUAUCAGUAAGCAAACGCUCUCACAGCCAAAGUGUACGCCGAAGAUGCUUUUGCCAAAGCCCAAAGUAGCUUUGGUUAAACUUCCAGUAAUGCAGUUUGCUCACUUGCCUAUUUUUGUAUCAGCAACAGAUUCCUCUGUCAAACCUGUUGUAGUGGCUGUUGAUAAUCAAGGCUCUGUUAUGAGUACUGUUCACUUAUUACCUCAGUCUAUAGGAAUUCUGAUACCAGCAUUGGAGGCUGAAGCACUUGUAUUUAAAGACACAGUGCCUAUUUCAAAAACGGCAAAUUCUGGUGUUGAACCAGUUAGCACCAGUGUUCAAGUCAAUUUGGGUAAGGUAACAUCAAAUAGUACAGUACAAGAGCUGGGGAGCAUGUGUCACAAGAAUAAAAUCUCUUCAAUAAAUGUACAAACUGACUUAUCUUACAUUUCACAGAACUUUAUGCCAGCUGCAGCCUGGACUCCUGAUUCUUCUGUAUCCUCUUGCUCUCAGACAGACCUGACAUUCAGUUCACAGGUUUCGCUACCAGUUAGUGUUCAGACUCAGACACUGUUGCCCAGUUCUAAACUGACUUCAUCCAUAGCUGCCCAGACUGAUGCUUUUGCUCAGGCUUGUUUCCAGUCAGGUGGUGUUUCUAGAGAGACUCAAACCAAUAGAACGCAGAACUCUAUUGAUGGGAGAGUACAAAUGGACCAGGCUGUAAUGUGCAAUGACAUUUUUGACAGUGUUCAUUCAGCGUACAAUGUCUCAACCCAGAUUGGGCUCACAGAAAACAAUUUAAUGGCUGCAAACAUGGAUCAAAGAUUGCUACAAAGAAGUAACUGCAAGACCCUGAGUCAGGAUACAAUAAAAUCUGAACCCAUUAUCAACUUCAAUACACAGACUAAUAUACUCCCACAGCAAAAUAUGACAGAUAAUCAAACCCAGACAAUGGACUUACUAAGUGAUCUGGAAAACAUCUUUUCAGGUAACAUGUCUGGCCAGACAUUGGAUAAUCGUGGUCUUUUGUCUGACACUAGCUCUGGUGCUGAUACACAUCUGCCAUCUGGCCCUACACAGAGCACGGGAAUAGACUUUGACAUUGAAGAGUUCUUUUCAGCUUCCAAUAUUCAAACACAAACUGAGGAGAGUGAACUUGGUAACCUGAACUCUGAGCCGGUCUUGGAAUCUCUGGACAUUGAAACACAGACUGACUUAUUUUUUUCGGACAGUGCCACUCAAUCCUAUAGCUGCAGAGGAAAUUCUAACUUCUUAGGUUUGGAAAUGUUUGAUACCCAGACACAGACAGACUUAAAUUCCUUCUUAGACAGUAGCACCCAUUUGCCUUUGGGAAGUAUUUUGAAGCAGUCCAGCUUCUCCAUGAGCACUGACUCAUCUGAUACCGAAACCCAGACAGAAAUACCCUCUGCUGCUAAAAAUAUACCUAGUCAAAAUAUAGAAAAUAAAGUCCAGCUGAAUAGUGCUGAAACACAGACUAUGGAUAGCUGCUUUGAGACCCUUGGAAGCCUAUUCCUUACCAGCAAUGAGACACAGACAGCUAUGGAUGACUUUCUUCUGGCUGACUUGGCCUGGAAUACAAUGGAGUCACAGUUCAGUUCAGUAGAAACACAGACCUGUGCAGAAUUGUGUUCCUUGGUUUGUCAGAAGUUUGGAACAAGCCAUUGAGUGCUACUUAAUAACAUUGUUUUCCUUGUGGUUUGAAACUAAGUUAUUGGGGUGGGGAGCGGGAGAAGGGACUGACCAAGUUAUCUACGUUGAAUGUAGUUGCCCAUAUGCAGUUGGUCUAAAAAAACCUUUUCAUGCAUAAGGUACUUAAGCUGUUGUAUAUGUAACUUAAACAUAGAAUAUGUAUACAUGUUUGUAACCUGUUAAUGUAAGUUUGAACUUUUAAAGUGAAUGUCCUCGUGGUGCCUACCGUUGUUGAUCUGUUAUAAAGCUAUAUCGACACGUCCA